AUGUCCAGUCCCGGGGAGUUCGCAUCCCCGUCGGAGCCGCAGCGCCGUCAAUUUUCGAGCUGCGAUCCCUGCAGACGCUCUAAACGCCGCUGCUUUUUCCCUUCUGAUGUAUCAAUUGACCCGAAUAUCUCUUGUGCGCAUUGCGCACGCCUGGGGCAUACAUGCACAUUUAAUUUUGCUACAUCUCGAUUGAGCUCACGACCAAGAAAUCGACAGCGACGGAGUAAAUUGAAAUCGAAUCAAGUCUCGGCAUAUGAAUCUGAUGGUCACUUACUACCCGAAAACUCAUCACAAACCCUUGGGAGAACCCCAAAAAGCGCGUUCAGGCCUUCCAACACCUGUGAUGAUGAUUUUGCCGCAUGGCUCAAUUUUGACAUCGACAAUUACUUUGCGAACGAUUUACAGCUACCCGCCACGGCUAACCCAACGCUGCUUGCCUCCGAGGCACAAUCUGACUCACAAAAUGACCGAAGCCGUUUUCUUCUACCAAAUCAGUCACAGCCAGCGAAUCACGUUUCAUAUGGGACGAAAUUCGUACCUGGGAGCUCAUCCCGCAGCCCCAUACACCUAUUGAACUCGAAAUUAGACUCCAGAAUACUCAAUGAGCGGCUGAUCACUAUAUAUGAUGCGAUCUUUACGGGUUCCGCGACGAGGUUCCUGGAUUGCGACAUUAAUUUAUAUGCAACGCGAAUUCGUUACAAGAUAGAAAACAGCAGGCCUGGAAGCUCUGACAAACCGACACCUGCCCGGUUAACGAUGCUUCUGGGACCAGAUAUGGAGUCAUUCACCUCAUCUCAACAAGCAAUAGACUCUCUUGCGGAUUCUCUCAAUUCAUCGGGUCAAUUACAGGACAGCGGGUCACCGAGUUCUCGCGAUCAUACCCACGACGAAGCUUACAGGAUGACAAUUGUGGGAUGUGCAAAAUUCUUGGACCAUUUUGGAGAUCUUUAUGGGAAUAGAAUAAGUCUUUCUUCAAAAAGAAAGUCUGACGCAGCGCUCAAUGCAGCGCUCCGAGUAUUUGCUUUACAGUGGCUACCUAGUGUUGGGUCUGAAGGAGAGUACUGGACCUCUACUAAUGAAAUUUCUAUCGCCAGAUUUCGUGGGAAGCAAUCAGCUCGCAGUUCUCUAUGCGAUCUUUAUACUGACGCCUGGUACCAAGCUCGUCUGGCCAUCCAGGAAGCGAAGUCGGUUCGGUCCUUUCGGGCUAUGUUUGCAACAUUAAUUUUCGAUGGAGUGGCUAUCCCAAUGAGCGCUCUCGAUGAUUCAAACAAGGCUGACAUAGAGCAUGAAUUUCUCAGCCUGGGGCUGCAGAAGCUGCGCGAACUAGAUGAACUCGUCCAAAACUACUGCGCUACCCUAGGGCCAUCAUCUCACUACGGUGCUCUUGCGGAAGCCAGCCUGGCCAUUGUGCGAUGGUCCGGGUUUAUUCGUGAUACUGGAGCCGCUCUGACGUCAACUCAUCAAUGUCAACUCCCAGAUCCCCUUUCCAACGAAAUUACAUCAAAGGCUUUCUAUAUCUGGAGAAAGAUCGCGGAUGUGAAGAAUGACCUCCGACUGCUGCACGAUAAUCCCCAGCACCUUAAUCCCGAAUUACUGAAAUCAAUCAAUUCCGUGGUGGCCGUCGUUGGGAAAAUAGAUGAGACUCUCCGACCCUUCAUCGAGCGCUGUAGAGAUAUUUUCUGGGAUCUUUCUUUGGCAUCAAGGGUAUCUUGUGUUACUCUUGUUUUGCCUUGGAAUGCUGGAAUACUUGUUCUCGCAGAGGCACUGAAACCCUUUGUAGACCUAGUGAGCCACAAUCUGUCGCAGGAAAUCGGCCAAAGCGUCCGAAUACACGAACGGGAAGCGGUUUCCUCCGUUGCCCAAAUAAUCGAAAGCGUCCUUGCAUUACCCAUCGAAGAGGCGUUUAAUCUUCAACAUGGGCUUGCCCCUGAAGCUCCAAUCACCGCCUAUCAUCUCACCCCCAGCGUUAUAACGACGGCUCUGGGGAAGGCUGUGGUGCAUACUAUCAAUCUCCGGUUUUCCUUGUCGCCUGGUCUUGGGAGAACGGAUGGAGAUCCGGAUUUUUCAUCAGAUGGUUCGUGGCGUAGACAAAUCGACUGUCUUAUGAAGGGGCUAAUGUCGCUUGACGUUACCAUUGGAGGAUCUCAAACACUCGGACUGGUUUUGAGGUCUUUAAUGCACGAGUAUGGGGAUAUCAUAUCGGAAUGCUGGUCUUGUGACUUCGAUACAUGA